UCGUAAUUUAGAGCAUUAUAUAUCUACUUUUAGUAUUGCAGUAAAGUAGUAAAAAGUUUGAAAAAAAAAUAGCAGUUUCAAUUAGUAUCGGAAGAUAAAAAUGGCCUGAGGUCAUAGGUAAUAGGCAAUGAUAGUGACAAUCAGCGAAUACUAGAUUGUCAGGCAUGUCUACGACGAUGUCGGCUUACGAAUUGUAAUGUGUCAGAAAAAUGGUAAACUAUUACCGCAAGUGAAACCAUUACUAAAUAACACAUACUUCUAAGGUAUUUUGAGGUUAAAUAUUUGUUCUCAUUCCUUGUAAACUCCAGGACAUCAAUGAAAAAUGGCAACAAUUGUAUAUAGAACAAUAUUACGGAACAGAAGAUGUACAUCCAUUCUUUUGCCAAAGUACUUAUCUAACACACCUGUUUUAAAUAAUUUUAUUGUGCAGAAUACUAACCGUAAUUACAAUUACCAACUGGACACACUGUGUGCUUGUAAAUAUAAUUUUAAGUAUACUGCUGAUGUGAGGCACUACUCUGGGAAUAAACAGGAUGAAAUUGAGGAACCUGUUAAGAAGAUUUCAAUUUUUCAAAGGUUUAAACAAAUGUACAGGGACUACUGGUAUGUUCUGGUUCCAGUUCAUUUAGUAACAUCAGCUGCUUGGUUCGGCGGAUUCUAUUACUUAGCUAAAAGUGGAAUAGACAUUGUGGCAAUUAUGGAAACUUGGAAUGUCAGUGAAAAAAUAACUAACCCUUUAAGGGACUCAAGCAUGGGUUAUUUGGCUAUCUCUUAUGCUCUCUAUAAAGUGGCAACACCCUUCAGAUACACUGUUACAUUGGGUGGUACAACAUUAUCAAUUAAUUACUUAAAGAAAUGGGGUUAUAUUAAGCCUGUGCCAAGUACUCAGCAAUUGAAGGAAAUGUACCAAGAGAAGAAAGAGACCCUCAUCUAUUCAAUGAAGGAUAAGAAAGAAGAACUGGCGUUGAAGAAGGAUAAACUAAAGGAUCAUACUGACAACGUGUUGCAAGGCAUUGAAAAGAAAAUUUAUACGAAAAUUGAACAAUCUAAAGGACUUAAAAAGAAUUGAUUGAUUGUUUAUAGCAGGCUGCUGUAUCAUCAGAUAGCAAUUAAUUAUAAUUUUUAUUUACUUUCGUAAUUAUGUUGCACAGAGUGGUACAACCUGAAAUUGAAUUUUAUAUAUU